AUGGAUACGCCUUGCGUUGUGCCAAGGAAUGCCCAGGAGACCAAGUGUGGGCCUCAGGCUGCUGGCAUGGGAGGCAGCCGCCCAGGGAACAUAGUGUAUCAUGAGCUGCUGCACCCCUGUCAGUCCUGUGCUGCCGCUGUUCUGGAGUCAGGCGAAGGCAUGGAGGACAGGGAUAGGCCCGUGGUGAAAGGCGAUGCCUUUGAGUCCAUGAAGGAUGGCCUACAGGAUGAGGAGAUCUUCCAGCAGCCAGCGCAAGAACAGACAAAGGCUGCACACUCCCUGAAUGAGCUUGAGAAUGUAGACCUGGGGAUAUCCAAAGCGUCUCCCUCAAGGUGUGGGUGUCCUCACUACUCUGAUAGCUUCUGCUGUGUGCUUAACAGAGCUGUUGAAUCUGGAGAGUGUGUACGGAAGGGGAGCUGCCACUGCGUUUCUGCUGGAGAAGCGGUGGGUAGCUCUGAGGUUGUCUCCUCCUGUCAGGACACUUCCACUUUUCAGCAGGAGGAGAGUAGUGGGACUGUCUUUGAAGCUUUUGGAGAGAGUGAGAGAGCCAGUGGAAGACAGGAGGAGGAGGAGGGAAAAUUCCCUGGACACAGCAAAUGUGAGAGGGAUUUUGAUGACAAGGAGGAGCAGAGAGUGUGCGGAGGAAGUGAGAGCAGGGAUUCAAGAACACGGAGGGUCUCAAGUGCACGCCGGUCUGCUGGAGGGAAAAGAGGCCAGAGGCGGAGCAGUGGGGUUUUGACAUCUCUCUCUGGAGAUGCAGAACAGAGCCAGCAGGCAGUGUCAUUUUUUUCCAAACUGACCUCUUCUUCUGGGGGGCGGCAGAGACAGGCCAGGCGGCGGACCCAUCAGCAUCAUCAGGGAGCUCUUGGCAGGCUGGUAGUGUCCCGCAUUGCCCACAGCUGCCACAGGCUGCUGGCUGAUUUCCUGUGCCCUUGGUGCCUGUCCUGUGUUGCCAUGGUGGUGGACCUCAUUGUCAUGGCUGCUCACCGUUGUGGGGAGGGGGUGGAGGCUGCUGGGCUGGUGCUCUGCAACUCUUGCUCCCAGUUGCUUUGCAAAGCCACGGAUCUACCAGCUAUGAAGGCAGAGGCCAGUCAUUUUUUGCAGUGCAUGAGCUGUGCAGUACUUGCCCUGACAGCGUGGACGGUGGGAGCGGCAACGUGGGGCUACAGGCUGGGUCUUUCCUGUCUGCGUGUUUUCCACAUGACUGUGCUCCUGGGCUCUGUGUGGUUGAGUGGCUUUCUUGGGAAGCUGGGUGGAGAGCGAGGCCGCCAGUGGUGGGCUUCACUUUGGCACUCAAGGGUUUUCGGAUGGGUCACUGUGAUGUGGGAAAAAGCCCGAAGUGGCAGCCAGGAAUCUCCUUCUACUCCAAAGCCUCUGAGUGAGGCAGGAAGAGUUUAUGCUGGACAGGAGCUGGAAAGACUGCUCACUUUGGCACACAUUCCCGAGGAUGAGCUGGAUCCUUUCGCUGUACUUGGAGUGGAGGCAGAUGCCAGUGACCCUGAGUUGAAGAGAGCCUACAGGCAACUAGCUGUUCUUGUUCAUCCAGACAAGAACAAGCACCCCAGUGCUGGAGAUGCAUUUAAGGUCUUAAGAGCUGCUUGGGACAUAGUUAGUAACCCAGAGACACGCAGGGAAUAUCAGAUGCGACGCAUGGCAGAGUCGGAGCUCUCCAAGUCCAUGAAUGAGUUCCUUGCCAAGCUGCAGGAGGACUUGAAGGAGGCCAUGAACACCAUGAUGUGCACUCGAUGUGAGGGCAAACACAGGAGGUUUGAAAUGGAGCGGGACCCCAGCCAGGCCCGAUUCUGUGCCGAGUGCAACACGCACCACAGCGCGGAGGAAGGUGAUUUCUGGGCUGAAUCCAGCAUGUUGGGUCUUCGCAUCACCUACUUUGCCCUCAUAGAUGGAAAGGUGUAUGACAUCACAGAGUGGGCUGGUUGCCAGCGCAUUGGGAUCUCUCCUGACUCCCACCGUGUGCCCUACCACAUUUCCUUUGGUUCCAAGAACAGCAGCAGCGCCACACGCCACAAGGACCUGUCUGAAUCUCCUCCUGGCCCAGCUUCUCCAGCUGACCUGCAGGACUUCUUUAAUCGCAUCUUUCAAGGGACACCUUCUAACGGUAUGGGGGCCAGUGGGGGCUUUUUUUCCAACACACCACCACCCCACCAGCCCCAUGGUCCAGCUGCCACUGCGGGGAGCUCUUUUACGACCCCUCCUUCACAAACAGGCUCCUUCGGCCCUGGCGGGCCACGGUCUGAAGGUGCCAAGGCCACUCGUAGAAGGAAGAAGGUGCGCAGGCCCUUCCAGAGGUGAACACCAAGUUCGGAGGAGCCCCAGAAGUUGUGAUAUGUGUUGGGAGUUUGGUUCGGGUCACCAUGCCCUGUCUCGAUAGGGUUAGUUUAGAGGUGAACAUUGUCAGACUAAGCAUGAGACAAGGGGAAAGGAUUCAUCUUUUCUUUUUUUUUUUGUUUUGUAAUAUGGAAAUGUAGCCAUAUGACUAAAACUCAAAGCUUGACAGAAUGGCCAAAGUGAACAUAGAUGGUAUUAGAACCACCUUCUUCUGGAUGCUCCUAAGGCUGUGGCACAGGUGUGUGUUGUCCUUGGCAGGGCAGUCAGGGCUACCCUGUGUGAGCAGUGAUUGGUUUGGAGUGCUUAUGUCCUCCGACAGGCAUGACCUGGUAGUGGACUUCCUAGGGAAUCGCUGCAGGGCAGUGCCCAGAGCUCUGGUUUGGAGUCCUACCCACAUGUUUCUCCCCUUUUGGGUAGAUCUGUUCUCACAUAGCAUUGACCAUAUCUUUUCCUUGUCUUAUUUAAUAUUAAAAAACAUCAAUUUAUGAUGAUGAACUGUGGCUUGACAAUAGAGGCACUUUCUUAAAUUGUUGCUAAAUAAUUUCAGUUAACUUCACUGUCAGUUUCCACGUUUUUGCUUUGGAAAUCAGACGUUAUAGUGAGAAAUCUUUAAAAAUUAAACCUUGCACAAGAAAACCAAUGUUAAAAUUGUAAUGACCUUGCCUUUCUGCUCUUAAUAUUGAUAAUACAACUUACACAAGCAGCUUGAGAUCUAAAAGAAAACAAGGAGAUCUGGGAAUGAACACUUGACAUGAAGCAAUACAUGUUACAUAAAAUUGCCUUGUGAAUUUUAGCACAGCAGUGUGUGCUGAAUAUUUGUCCAUGCACAAUUCUUAGCAUAUGAUAUAGUGUAUGCUAAUGUAGAAGAAUAUGGACUUUUGAAAUAAGUGGGAUGUGGCAGUAACUUUUGAAAGUAAAAUCCUUUUCUGUAUUUAACUAAAACAUUCUUUUUAGUUUUUUUGUUUAUUAUUAAGAUAAGGCUGAAGAUGCUGGAGAUUUUAAAGAUGCUUCAUUUAUUCUUUUGUGGUUUUCUUGGCUGUGUGGUUUUCCCCCCCUUCUUACGAGGGACAUAAUUUAUUCGCAUAUUAAUGAGUUCAGAAAUCAUUUAUAAAGCAGUGAAAACUAAUUUACAUAUCACAUAUGUUUUGUGUAGAAUACAUGUGUGGUUUUUAAUUUGGCCUUGGUCUACUUUCUGUCCUUUCAAAGGUUUUACACGUUGUGUGAAUCUUGUGAACCACAGUUGGUUAUAGGAUACUGAUCUGAGAACGCUUGACUGGUUGCCUGUUCAUCAGUGUUUACUUUUUGAAAUGAAUUCACACCACUUCUUAAAACCUGUCAGAGACUCUUGGGAUUUUCUUUUUUUUUUUACCCAUAAAUUUGUCGCCGCAUAUAAUGGUUCCCUUGUGCACUUUUACUGUAUGAACAAAAUAUUAGCUUUUGUGCAUGCAGGAUUCGGGGUGAAAGUCAUGGGGCCAAAAGAAAGACAGGUAACCACAGUUAUUUUUUUGUGCUGUGCCCUACUACAGUAGCAUUGGUAAUGGGUGAUAGAAUAAAAACAAAGUUGCACUGUACAGCUUGGAUUGAAUCGGAUGACUAAUUUGAGCUCAGAGUUAUAUGAAUAAAAGAAUUGGUUAUUUUAUAAAUCAUAUGCAAAAAUGUAUGUCUGUGACAAUCUGGUAUUAAAAUGUGGAAAACAAUUUUGCCAUAUACAGAAGAGGUAGACAUUUUUACUCUGAAGGUGGUAGAUAAUAUGCUGAGUAAUUUUCUUUAUCUGUCUUGUUUCGAAAGUAAAGUUCAUUUCCUACAUAAUGGGGACUGCAGUGUUUCAUUGGUCAAGGGAUGUCUGCUUGAUGGCUUAUACAGUGUUGUGAAAAAGAAUUUGCCAUUUUUCAGUUUUCUGAUUUUGCAGCUUUUUGAUGGCAGAAUUUGUCAUCUUUGUGUUUGUUCUAGUGAAUGGAGUCUGAGAGGAAAAAUUAUGUCAUCAUUAUGUCAUUUUUUGGUGUUGAAGUAAAUGUGCAAUUGUAGGUGUGGAAAAAAGGUUGAUUCAAGUUAAGGGAGUAAAUGCUAAGUAAGGGGGCAAGGAAAGUCAACUGUCAGAUAAUUGGGACUGAUUUUACAUGGCUGGGCCAUGGCUUAACAAAAGUCCAGUUGGCAAAACAGCUUCAUAGAGGCAUUUCAUUCUUAGCUCAGAGGACAUUUGUAAAGACCAGUGUAUAAAAUUUAUGUCUAGACAGGGUAAUAUAGUCAUUUCUAAUGCUCUAAACCUAAAGGGAAACACAGUCAGAGCCACACAUCAAAUGAAGAAUGUCUCAAAGUGAAUCUUUAGGAGCAAGAUGUAAAAUCAUUAAUGAGUGCAAAAAGAACCAGAGAACAACAUCCAGGGAACUGCAGGUAUCUCUUAUCUCAACUCAAGUCAAUGUUCAUGACUGCAUAAUAAGAAAUUUUGCCAAAAUGGGAUACACAAGAGAGUGAAAAGGUUGAAACCAGUGAUUUGCUUUAGUUUACCUGAAAUCACCUGAAUGCUGACAGAGUAAGAAACUUCUAUCAAUAGUCAAGCAUAGUGGUGACUGUGUGAUAAUCUGCCACAGGACCUGGAUGCCUUAAUAUCAUUGAAGGGACCAUGAAUAUUUCUUUGUAUCAGAAAUUUCUAAAGGAGAAUGUCAGGCCCUCAGUGCAUGAGUUGAAGUUAAAUCUCAGCUGGAUCAUGC